AUGUCUGAAACCUCUUCUAGCAGCAGCACUCGCGGGCUAAUCCCUUUUUGGGUAGCUAUGAGCUCAGAUAAUGUGCAAACAGUACUGGCUUUUGUUAGGGUCUCUGUUUCUUUGGUGAAGAAAUCAGAUAUCCAACCAUCCGCCAUUCCCAGACCUAACCUCCAUGGCUGCUGUUCAACGGUGAUUGAAUUGCAGGGAUUGCCUUUGCCUAUAUAUCUUAAGGAAGUGAAGGCAGCAGAAGAGCGCAGAUUGAAAAAUGGAGGCAAGAAAUCAGGAGACAAACCACCAGGGCCUAAAGGAAUACCAAUUUUUGGCAACAUGUUUCACUUGGGGGAUUUGCCUCACCAAACCAUGUACCACUGGGGCAAAACCUAUGGACCUCUCCUUUGGCUUAAUCUCGGCCAGGUUAAUACGAUGAUCGUUCAGAAUGCCACUACGGCUGCUGAGUUGUUUAAGAAACACGACGUGCCGUUUGCUGACCGCAAGGUGCCUGAUACACUCACGGCAUUCAAUUUCAAUGCGGGGUCUUUGGGGAUGAACACGUUUGGUGGACACUGGAGGGUACUCCGGCGACUUUGUUCCAUGGAAUUCUUGGUGAACAAGAGAAUGAAUGAGACGAUUGAGUUGAGAAUGAGGCUUAUGCGCGACAUGAUACGAUGGAUUGAAGAGGACUCAAAAACAUCACUAGCUCAGGGAGGAACCGGGGCGGUGCAACUAAGCCGGUUCCUCUUCCUUAUGGCGUUUAACUUGGUAGGAAACCUGAUGUUAUCCCGGGAUUUGCUAGAUGCAAAGGAUCCUGAAGGGAAGGAGUUCUUUGAUUGUAUGAACGUUAUUCUUGAGCUUGCAGGAACACCAAAUAUAGCAGACUUCUUUCCAGCUUUGAAGUUGAUCGAUCCACUCGGGAUGAAGAGGAAAAUGACAAGGAACAUGAGCAAAACCAUGAAAAUUUCUUCCAAGUUCGUGCAGGAGAGGCUCGACAACAGGAAAGCAGGCAAAUUCCAGGAAAAGAAAGACUUUCUUGAUGUGUUGUUGGAAUACGAAGGCGAUGGCAAGGACGGGCCUGACAGAAUGACAGAGCACAAUGUGAACAUUGUUAUCAUGGAAAUGUUCUUUGCUGGAUCUGAGACUACUAGUAUCAGCAUCGAAUGGGGUUUCGCAGAGCUACUACGCAACCCACACGCGUUCAGGAAGGCUUUCGACUGGGACCUAGGGGCCGGUGUCAAACCCGAACACAUUGACAUGCAAGAAAGGUUGGGAUUAACUCUGAGGAAGAAGAAUCCACUCAAGGAGGCGGGACGAGUGGUGGAAGCACCCGAUGAUGACGAACCAGAGGCGCCACGCCACCCCCGGCUUGGCUUCGCUCUCGUCGCUUUUGGAGUGACAGUAGAAGAACCAGCAGGAGCACGAGUCGACGAUUUUGCAACAUUUUCUUCAGGUUCUGAACUUGAUUUGUUCUACGGCAGGAAGUACAAGUGA